AUGAGCACCAGCUGCAGCACCAUGCCAGCCUCCGCGGCGAGAUUCGCCGGGAAGAUCAAUAUCCGGAGGAGGCACUGCAAGGUGGAGGCCGUGGCGACGACGUCGGCGAGAGGAGCUCGUCGUGCCUGCUCGGAGGGCAGCGCGAAGGACUACUACAAGGUGCUGUCGCUGGAGCACUCGGCGGCCGUCGGCGCGGAGGAGAUCAGGCGCGCGUACCGGCAGCUGGCGCGGCGCUACCACCCCGACGUGUGCCCGCCGUCGCGCCGCGCCGAGUCCACGGAGCGCUUCCUCGAGCUGCGGCGGGCGUACGAGACGCUCGCCGACCCGGCGCAGAGGGUGCGGUACGACGCCGAGAUGAGGGCCGGCGGGGAGGAGGACGGAGCCGAGCACCGCCUCCUAAUUCCCGUCGGGGGCCUCCGCCACCAGGCCACUUGUGGCACCCACCUCAGUUUCCAGGACGUAUAG